CUGCCCUUGUCAGCUCUACACGUUGCCCUUGGGGUGUCCCUCCUCGCCUCAACAAGUCAUGGUGUCUUGCUCUUAAGCAAACACUAAAUCUACACUCUGAAUUGGACCCACUGCUCGAAUUGAGUGACCAACGAUCUGCUUGAAGACCUCUGUUCCUCUACCUCAUCGCUUGAAAAUCGGCGCCGGGCUCAUCAGAGCAAACAUGGGUGACUCUGGCGAUGCCACGCAACGCCCGAAGAGAAAGGAGAUCGAGCAGGCCACAAACCCGAGAUAUGCAACCGCAAAGAUCACCGUCAGAGGCAUCAUUAUUGUUCUGUCGCUCGCCGCGACCAUCACCAGUCUCGUGUCCGUCAGCGCCCCAAAAAGAUGGGAUUCCUGGAUUAUUCGCCUCAUGCCCGUGUACGGGCUCCCAUAUCCACUUCUCAGCCUCGCCUGGGAGCUCAGUGAGAUCGCCGUCCUGCUUGUCCGGCGUCACAAGAACAAGGGCCUCGACCCUUCUGCGCACCUCGCGUGCGAGCUGUUGCUAUUGCUCGGGGGCGUGGUCGUCGGGGCGCUGUGGGUCACAGACACAGCUGCCACCCAGCAAUAUUCAGGCAGUUUCACAGAAGGCGGGGGCGGUAUAUCGGCAGCUACGUAUAACAAGUGGGCGAGCGUGAUCUACUUCUGGUGCGCACUCAACUUUGCCACGGUCGUGUGCCAGUUUUUCCUCUUUGUGGUUUCUUGCAUAGAAGUCGACCAGAAGAGGAGGAACAUGGAGCGGAAGGUGAACGAGGUCCUCGCCAUCAUCCAGGAACGCGGCCAGAAUGCCAACGACGUCCUCGCCGCGCUGCGAUCGCCGCCGCCGGACUACGACAGCACCAAGCCCUCGUGGCCGGCCGAGAUGCCAGCCGUGAACCAGCAGCCGGUGGAGAUGAGCGUUGACGAGCGCCCGAUAGAGGUGACUGGUAGCCAGGUUGGCCAUGAGAUGCCGGUGCUGGGUACGGAUGAUGUGAGCGGGAACCAGAAAUUUGUAUUGAAACCAUAGAGCUUCAUCAUGGUGUUUCGGAUCUCGGUCGAAGCAGGGACAACUGGUAUAAUUAAUCUGGGACCGGAAGAGUUCAUUACACGUUACAUCAGUGUCAAAACAUUGUGCACGAACCAGCGCAAACCACA